AUGGCUGCUUUACAACAAGGUUUCUUCCAGCAAGUACAACACAAUCACGGGCAAGCAACUGUAAUACUACUCAAAGAAUAUGCUCAGCAAAACACCAAACUCUGCAACAUGGUCGUUCGCAAGGAUUUCCUAUAUAAGUGUCGACGUACUGGCGUUUUUCCCGCACACAUCGCAAACCCUACCAGAUGCAUACACCCACUUCUCGAAGAGCGUAGCCCGUACACACAUAAACUACAAAGGAUAGUUGAACGUUUCAGAAAAUCUAUUUUGAACAUUGAAAUCCAGCACACCUUUUACAAAAUAGGCAUCCUCAAGAAAAACCUGCAAAACGUCAAAAUCAAUAUAGAAGUCGGUGAUACUGACAAUACUUUCGCCUCCAGAUUUUUUGUAACUCAAACCCAAUCUGCAGAGUCUAAAAUAAGGCAACUGCGGAGAAAAACUGAAUCCAAGAUCGAACGCUUAAUGAUCAAAGCCAGUGCACUAUCGGAUGCACUACCCGCCUACAACGAAAAAGCCAUACUAAAUGCCACACAGAUCCCCAUUCCAACAGACAUGGCCACACUACUGAGCCUGGGUCCAAAGUUUUCGUUCCCUAUCAACGACAUCAAACAGAUUCCGCUGUACCACGUCAUUGCUAACCUGGAAUCUAUCCUGCGCACGUCUCAAGAGAAAGCAGUGCAGGAUCGGAAUAGAAGUUUGGCAGUCAAUAAAAUACAAAACUUUCUGUCUCGAUCAAAAUGUCAACAUAACAAAGACCCACUGAGCCAAUUCUGCCGCAACGCCGCCAAAACCACAAAAAAGUUUCUUCAAGAACACCCAGAAGUAUGCGUACUAGAAUCCGAUAAAGGAAAACGGAUGGUCGUCAUGUACACUGCAGAAUACGACCAGAAGAUGCAAGAUUUAUUGGAUAAUCCGACGUACAAAAAUACGAACAAAGAUCCCACCGCAACGCUUCAACGGAAAAACAACUCCCUCGUAAGUAAACUGCUCAACUUAAAGAUAGUCGACCCAUCCACCGCCGCCCGCCUUCGCACCUACACAGCCAUUUGUCCUCGUAUAUACGGUCAGCCAAAGGCUCACAAAGCCGACCUGCCGCUUCGCCCCGCUGUCCCCAACAUCACCGCCCCCACAUACGCGCUUUCCAAAUACAUUGCCAGCAUACUACAGAAAGCAUUCACAAGCGAGUACAACAUAACCGAUAGCUUCGAGUUCACGAGAUAUAUCAAUACGAUCACGCUUCCUCCAAAUCACGUCCUCGCAUCAUUCGAUGUCGUUUCAUUGUAUACAAACGUGCCCCAAGAUCUCAUAUUACAAACCAUCAAAGACCGUUGGCCCAGCAUAAGCGAAAACACUCACAUAGAUUUGGAUCUUUUUCUGGAAAUGACCGAAUUUUGCCUGAAAGGUAGCAAUUUCCAGUUUAGAGGGAAAUUUUAUUUGCAACAGACGGGUACCGCCAUGGGGAGCCCCUUAUCGCCAAUUCUUGCCGGCAUGGUGAUGGAGGACCUUUUAUGCAAUACAACUAAAAAACUCAGUUUCGUUCCACCAGUCCUCAAAAAAUACGUAGAUGAUCUGGUACUAGCUCUCCCACAACAUGAAACCCAAAACACUCUCUGCAAGUUCAAUGAGUAUCAUCCUAACCUACAAUUCACGAUGGAAGAAGAAUCCAAUGGAAGCCUACCGUACCUGGACACGAAAAUCAUUCACUCCGCCAAUCAAACACUCAGCACUGAAUGGUAUUCGAAACCAAUAGCAUCUGGACGUCUGCUCAAUUACCAUUCGUUUCACCCACUCGCAAUGAAGAUAAACGUCGCAACUAACUUCAUUCAUCGCGUCACCAGUCUGACCACCAACAGCAGCAUAACACAACAAAAACACAUCAUCUUUCAACAUCUCCGCCGCAACAGCUAUCCAUCCGCUCUGAUAAACCGCCUCACUAAUAGCAUCAAACAACCGAUAACUGCACCUGCAACACCAACCACCAACAGCACACCGGGAGACAACGUCGUUCCUGAAAUUACCUACCGCACCAUGGUCAACAUUCCGACACUCAGCUCCAUUCUAAUUAGCAUCCUGAAAAAAGACUAUCCCCUAGUUAAGAUAGCAUUAAAAACCAUCAAAACAACGAGAAACCUGUUAGGACCAGUGACAGAUCCAAUAGAACCACUACAACACAGCAAUGUUAUCUAUUCGAUUCCCUGCAACGAUUGUGCCAAAUCAUAUAUAGGGAUGACAAAAAAUCAAUUGAAGACAAGAAUCAGUGGACACAAAUCCAAUGUCAACAAAUUGCUUGCAACCCCAUACCAGCCCAGCGAACAACGAACAGCUCUCACACAACACAUGAUCGAUCAUGAACACACAUUCAACCUCAGCAAAACCAAAAUAAUAGACCGCAGUUACAAAGCUUCUGAUCUACCAAUACUUGAAAUGUGUCAUAUCCAGAACACACCAAACACAGUUAACUUCAGAACAGAUGUAGAUAACCUCAACAUCACUUACGCAGGCAUUCUUCACACAUACCAAAACACCACCUCUCGCAGAUCACAGAUCACUCUCAAUAAUAACAGACCAACAAAUAGCCCAGAUUAUAGCACCACAGAUACUCAAUCACAUCAACCAUAA